GGUUGCCUGUUAUGAAUCUCCCUGUGCCGAGUGUUAAGACAUGAGUAUUGCCCUCCGGGAUCAGGUACCAAGGGGUCCCAACUCCACGGGAGGAAUCAAUGAACCUCAGGAGAGGCAAGGUUUCACAUAAUAGCCCAUCAGAAUGAGAAUCCGUUGAAGCAGCAAAUGAAUUGGUUUACUGUCUUUGCAAGACAUUAAAUACUCUUUUUAGCAGCUUUUUGUUUAAUCUGAACAUAUAUUUACUUAAAACUAUUCGGUAGGAUGGCCCAGGAGGACCAAGUCAAGCACCUCCUCAGACUGAUCCAAGAAGGGAACCUUCACCUCCUUAAAGAAGAAGUGUGCAAGUGUGAGAGUGUCAGGACUGCCAUGGUAAAGGGGCACUUUGGGCGCUCGGGUGACACCGCGCUACAUUAUGCAGCCAGGCGUGGACACCUGGAGAUCCUGAAGUACCUGGUGGAGGAGCUUGGAGCUGAUGUGGAGCUGAUGAACAGCGAUUACAAGCGAGCCUUGCAUGAGGCAGCGUCCAUGGGUCACAGAGAGUGCCUGAGGUACCUGAUUGCAAGAGGUGCCAGGGUGGACGCUUUGAAGAAAGCUGACUGGACACCACUGAUGAUGGCUUGCACAAGAAAGAACCUCGAGGUGAUUAAAGACCUGAUUGAUUCUGGAGCAAACCUGACCCUGAAAAACAAGGAUGGUUGGAACUGUUUCCACAUCGCUUGCCGUGAGGGCAAUCCAGAAAUUAUCCAGUUUCUUCUCAAAGUCAGCCCAGGUAUCUGGGAUGUGGAGAGCAAGGUGAAGAGGACCCCCUUACACACUGCAGCCAUGCACGGGUGCACUGAGGCUGUGGACGUACUUCUGGAAAGAUGUGGUUACGGACCAGAUGCUAAAGACAGCUGUGGUGUUACACCAUUCAUGGACGCUGUGCAGAAUGGCCACAUCAGAAUUGCAAAGCUGUUGUUACAGAAGCACAGGGCCAAUAUCUCAGCCACAGAUGCGCUGGGGGCACAGUCGCUGCAUCGAGCUGCAGUAACAGCACAGGACAAAGCUAUUCACUUCCUGGUGGUGGAGCUUGGUGUGAAUGUAAAUGAGAGAGCCACGGAUCUGAAGCUAACAGCCCUGCAUUAUGCAGCCAAGGAAGGGCACAGUGGCACCCUAGAGACGCUACUCACAUUAGGAGCUGACGUGCAUGCAAAGGAUUUCAAAGGUCGCUCUGAUUUGGGGCAUUUUGCAGUGGCCAAUUCAUCUAUCAACCAGCACAUCUCCAGGAUGUGGGAGGAAACCGGAGCACCUGGAGUAAACCAGCAUGAUCAUAAGGAAAAUGUGCAAACUCAACACAGACAAUACCAGAGAUCAGGAUUGAACCCGGGCUGCUGCUCUAUAGCUGUGCCACGGUGAGCAGAGGCUUCACUAAGCUCACUUCC